GUUUAAAGGAGGAAGGAGUGAGAUACGGGUUCAUAAAAAACCAGAUAAAAGACCCAGCUGAGAACCUUUGAGCAAACGAGAGGGAAGCAGCAGGACGGAGGUUCAACCGGAGACGGACGGCUGACGGAAACGGCAUCAGAGAUUCACCGGAACCGUGAGCAGCAGCAGCAGAACCAGCUCCACCAUGUCCAACAUCAGCAGCUCCAGCACCAGCUUCGCCCUGGACUUGUUCUCCACCCUGAGCCGGUCCCAGCCCGGCGGGAACAUCUUCGUGUCUCCGCUGAGCAUCAGCUCGGCCCUCGCCAUGGUUUACCUGGGGGCCCGCGGGGAGACGGCCGCGCAGAUGGAAAAGGGUCUGUCGUUGGGCUCGGGUGGAAACGUCCACGCAGAUUUCCAGACGCUCAACGCCGACAUCAACUCCCCGGCGGCGUCCUACACCCUGAAACUGGCCAACCGGCUGUACGGAGAAGCCACGGCCAACUUCCUCUCCACGUUCCUGCAGGACACGGAGAAGUUCUACCAGGCCGACCUGAAGACGCUGGACUUCCUGGGGAACCCGGAGUCCUGCAGGGAGGAGAUCAACGGCUGGGUGGAGCAGCAGACGCACAAUAAGAUCAAGGAUCUCCUUCAGCCCGGCUCCGUCAGAUCCUCCACCCGCCUGGCGCUGGUCAACGCCAUCUACUUUAAAGGAAACUGGAAGAACCGGUUCGAUGCUGCAAGCACCCAAGAGAUGACCUUCAAAAUCAACCAGAACGAGACGAAGCCGGUGCAGAUGAUGUACCAGAUGAAGAAACUUCCCUACAACUACGUCCCGGAGCUCGGCCUGCAGAUCCUGGAGCUGCCGUACGUGGACGAGGAGCUGAGCAUGUUCAUCCUGCUGCCGGAGGAGACGGAGGACGGAUCCGACCCGCUGAUCAAGCUGGAGAAGGAGCUGACGGCAGAGCGGCUGCAGGAGUGGACGCUCCGGGACAACAUGGACGUCCACUCGGAGGUGCUGGUCCACCUGCCCCGGUUCCGGCUGGAGCAGGACUACGAGCUGAACGAGCCGCUGGCCCGGCUGGGCGUGACCGACCUGUUCUCGGCCCGGGCCGACCUGUCGGGCAUGAGCGGCGACGGCGGCCUCUACCUGUCCACCGUGGUGCACAAGGCCUUCGUGGAGGUGAACGAGGAGGGCACGGAGGCGGCGGCCGCCACGGCCGGCAUGGUGGCCUUCUGCAUGCUGAGGGAGGAGCACUUCACCGCAGACCACCCCUUCCUGUUCUUCAUCCAGCACAACAAGACCAGGACCAUCCUCUUCCUCGGCAGGUUCUCCUCGCCCCAGUAGAACCAGAACCAGAGGAACAACAAGACCAGGACCAUCCUCUUCCUCGCCCCAGUAGAACCGGCCGAGGAAGACGCUGGAUAGAAAAACUUGCAAGGCUGCAGUUUAUUAACACAUAAAGCUGUCACUGUGAUGCUUUGUCAGUAGGAAAUCACUUUAUAUUUUGUCUGCUUUUGCACUGGUAAGUAAUAGCUGUUUAUUCAAAUAAACACUUGAAAUGAC